AUGGAGCCAGCGUCCGGAACACCAAACCACCCGAUCGAAAUCUCCGACGGAUCAUCCUUUCACGGAUCACCUUAUCGUGGUCCCGACAGUUAUCAGGAGAGAUUCAAACAAUGGGACUGGUAUUUCACACCAUCCGAGCACCCGUCGUCGUACCAGCAGCAGCAACAGCAACAGCAACAGGAUCCCUCCGAGGAUUCUCGAUUCAGGGCAGUCACGCCGCCACCACCACCGCCAGUAGAGCAGCAGCCACCUCCGGAGCCACCGAGCUACAUGGCUGGGUCGGAUGAAGUCAACAGUCAUCCGGAGGAAAACCGCGAUAAUGCUAAAAUACAAUUGACUGGUGCGGAGCUGAAAGCGAUUGUGGAUGAUGCGGUUACAAAGGCCUUAGAAUGGCAGUACAGUGAGUACAGUGGGACCCAUAGUAGAACCCUCUCUACACCACAUGCUAAGCCAAAGACUCAUUCUGAGGCUCACAGCAAACCACCACCUACCCCACCCAAACCUAAGAAGGAAGAUGACCGACUUUCUUCAAAUGAAAACAGUGUUAAUCCCAAGAAGAUUGUGGUUGAUGAUGCCCACGUGCUAAGGGUUGCACAAUGUAACAGGUUUUGUGUGAAAAUAUUGUUUGAUUAUUGUGGGUUUUUGGCUCGAGUAUCAAAACAGAGUUUGUUUGAAAUGUUUAAAAUAUACAAUCGAUUAAAACAGGGUCAGGUUUCUUAA